CACUAGCAACAGCUCCAAUGGACUCAACAAUGUUACUAAGCCCAGGAUUUUCAUCUUCUCCGACAUACUCAACGAGCCAGAUGAUUCCAUGUCACUCAUCCGCCUGCUCUUGUACUCGAAUCAGUUGGAUAUUCGCGGGCUUUGCGCAACCACAUCGACAUUCUUGAGGAACGAGACGCACCCGGAAGAGAUGACUAAAAUACUGCAGGUGUACGGCACGGUGGUGGGCAAUCUCAAUCGCCACGUCUCACAGGAUUCCCAGUACAGCAGCUCGGAUGUCUUCCUGCCAUUGGUGUCCUCUGGGCCCAAGGUUUAUGGGAUGGAAGCUCUGAGUACGACUCUCAGCCAAGGAGCGAAGAACAUGAUCGAGAAACUCGAAGAAUCUUCGGAACCUCUACACGUCAGUCUCUGGGGCGGCGCAGGCACGUUGGCACAAGCCCUCCAGCACAUCGAGAUGAACCAGUCAUCAGAGAAUGCUGCACUUCUACGGUCGCGGCUUCGGGUCUACGCUAUCUCGGACCAAGAUAACGUCGGCUCUUGGAUCCAAGCUCGAUGGCCAGAUAUUUUCUACAUCACAAGCAUUAAUGGUUUCAACGAAUUUGAGGGUGCAACCUGGGUCGGAAUCAAUACGGACGACAAUGGGUUCGCAAACACCACCAAGAUCAAGAACGCAUGGGCCGACGCGAACAUUCGAGUUGGGCCUUUCGGGACUAUAUAUCCUCAGAUUUUGUACGGGAUGGAGGGUGACUCUCCUAGCUUCCUGUGGCUCAUCUCGAAUGGCCUCUCGGUACCAGAUAUGCCAAACCUUGGAGGCUGGGGAGGUCGUUACAGCAGGGUCUCCGAAGUGGAUGGUUUCAACUGGUAUGGCAACGCACCAGACAGCGUAUCACUUCCCAGCGGAGGCCAAUACCGUAGCAGCCAGGCAACGAUUUGGCGUUGGAGAGAUGCCAUGCAAGACGAUUUUGCCGCCCGCAUGCAGUGGACGCUGAACAACAGCGUGAGUGCAGUGGCACACCCGCCUCUCCUAAGCAUCAAUGGCUCGACAGGCACCGAGGUUGUGAGAUUCGACCUCGGCCUCAAUGGGUCAAUCAUACUCGAUGCGAUCAGCACUUGCGAUGCCGACCACUCUGGAGACACGAGUCAACUCGACUUUGAGUGGUUUGGAUACCCGCCCCCUCAGGGAUACGGCGUUCAACCUUCUCUGACAAUUCAACCACUCUCGUCACCACUCGGGACGAAUGGCAUUCUCCCUCUGAAUGAGGCUGGCUUUGCAAAUGUCACACUUGGACCAAUAGUCACCAUCUCGCCGCCAACUGAGGCCGGCUCUGCAUCGGAUGGGGAGGAGUGGCAUGUCGUCCUACAGGUCCGCACGAAGAAGGGGCCGUACGCGAUCCGCCGGUACAAGAGAGUUAUCAUCACAACGCGUGCAUAGUGGUAACUAUAGUGAUACUAAUUCACGAUGAAUAAUGUAUUGUGCUCAGAUAGACGGGUGGACUCUUUCUGUCAACGUUGAGUAACUCUACAUGUGAUACCAUUGUCCACAUCGUGGCCAACUUCGACAUUGCAGAAUCCUAUUGGCUAGUGUUUUAAGGCCAAUUGCCCAGUCUGCUCGCAACUUCAUCGUACUGCGAUUUCGUUUGGCUUCAAUGUAGAAAUCGAGCCCGAUGACAAAGCGGGCAACAAAAUACCUACUCAUCUUUACCCCAGCUCUUUGUUGGAGAUCCUGAU